AUGGAUUCCUUUCUUCCGCUGGGCGGUUUCCAACUGCCUUUCCAGCGGCGGCUCAGCAGGCUUUACAAUGACACCAAAAAGUCUUCGGAUUUUGUGAAGGAGUCGGCCCCGAGUCUUGACGACCCUGACAUCAAGGCUUUGCAUCGCAAAUUGCGCAUCCAAAAGGACCGCCUGGUCAGCUGGGGUUUGGAAUGGUCCGAUCCGAAUCAAGCCGCCGAAAUUGACGAGUCCUUAUCUCAAGCAGGCUUAAGCGACCUUGUGGGUAGUAUCAUGGCAACUAUCAAAGAUAUUCUUGCUGAGGCCGAGCCUCUGUGGCUUGCUUCAAGACAAAAUAUUGGGAGUGAGAAGGCGUCGGAGAAGGCAUCUGGUGACAGGAAGGUUCCUCUGAUCGUUUGGGAUAAAGGACGAUUCGAAGAUCUUGUUAAAGAUCUAACAGCCUCUAUCGAUACCCUUUGUGACCUCUCCAGGACGCGAUCAUCCGCAGCACUUUCUUCUAGAGCUGCAGGAGCAAGGUCGUUCAAGUCCACCACUUCAACCGAAGAUCUACGGCUAUAUAGUUCCACCAGGAUCAGGACUCCACAGCAGAUCGAUAUUCAAACUCUAACAAGCUUAAAGUCGAUGCAAGUCACGCCGAUAUCAGACACGGAGACUGCACGGAAUCGGAAUCAAGAGAUCUUUUUCAUGAGCAAGCAAGCCUAUGGCGACUUAGCCCAUCGGCAGGGACCGCAGCCUUCAUCCCCUCUACUUGUGGAAUAUGCGCCGUUUGACCCGAUAUAUUCCGCAACCGGUAUCAUGCCUGACAUGUCUCGAUUCGAAAAACUAAGCGCCGGCCUUCAGACAGAAUCGCAAAGGACUCCUGGAUCGUGGAUUGGUCUACCUCUCCUUCUGGGCUACUACGAAGAUAUGGCUGAAUCAAGGUUGGCCCUCAUCUAUCAAUUUCCUCCUGGUUUCAACCCCGUGACGUUUGAAAACUUCACCCAAAACCCUCUCGAUAACCUGUGCACAUUACGGGAGCUUCUCAACCGGCCAGAUUUUGAACCAGUUUUGGAGGCUAAAUUUCGCCUUGCCCAUAACCUUGCUAACACGGUAUUCGACUUGCACGCUCGGGGGAUCACCCAUGGAAACCUCAGUGCCUCCGCAAUAUCAUUUUGCAAUACUGUUGGGAACGAUCCAGGUCUACCUGUAGGUGAGGUGGACGUUAGAAGGCCUCUUGUGUCAUCCUUCGAUGUCUUUCCCGAGGAAUCAACACACAACGAGUCGCAGCCGACUUUUCCAUUACAUCGCCAUCCACUUGACCCUCGAACAACUAGACAAUCACCUCUUACGUCGAAUAGUGAUACUAGGACUCUCGAUUUAUAUUCAUUGGCUAUGAUACUCGUCUCCAUCGGCCUCUGGACCCAACUCGAGAACCUUGUUCCGAGUCGGACUUCCCCUAGCAUUUCGGAAUCCGUUCUUCAACAGCUGGCCAUACGUUGUGGUACACCAUACAUGAGAGCUGUUCAGGCGUGUUGGAAUGCGGUUGACCAGGAACUUGCACAUCCUGGCUCUACCGAGGAGAUCAUUAGCCAAAUCCAAAUUAGGGUCAGCCGCUACCUAGAAGCUUGCUGUAUCUUGGACAGUGUAAGCGGAUUGGAUGAGCAGUUGGGCGAUGAUCAGGACAGAUAUUCUUCUGGAGUGGGGAGAGCUGCUACUGCGACCGAACCUCUCGCAGGACCCUCCGCAAGCACCCGAAAAGCUCGUGAAACUAGUCUGCGAACAUUAACAAGCAGGGAAACCCUUGGGUCAGCUGGGGCUGAUAGCAAGCAAACCACCAAAUCUGAAAAACCUGCGGAGAAUGCCCCAGAGCCCUCUAAGAACCAGCGACCUAAGCUCCGACUUUACCCUCAAGUGCCACUCUCAACCGAGGUGAUCGAGCAAUGGCACAGUACCCUUAUGCCCCAGAUCAACUUAGCCUUGCGACAUUUUUACCGCAAGAACCCCGAGUCUGUUGAAAUCUCACUCGAGUCUAUCGGCGAAUCACCCAAUAAGACUAAACCAACUGUAUUGGUUGUCUGUACCUCGGUGAGCAAAGUUCGAGCCAUAUUAAAUAAGAAACUUGGUGUAUUUUUCGAUGGAACGGGAUUCGGCUUGAAGGUCUGUCGUGGAUCCAUGGUGCGCUCUCGUAAAGGACCUGUAAGGAGCAUGACCAAGCGUCAGUAUUCUGCGGGUGAAAGUGAUGACGAUGAGACUGAAGCCGCAAACCCCGGCUUUCAAGAGAGGCCGCAAAAUGGUGCUAGUAUUGGUGCAUGGAUAGGAGACAAACAUCUACCGCCUGUUAGCUUUGGGGGCCUUAUUAUUAUUGACGACAGGCCAUACGGGAUGACAGUCCAUCAUAUGUUAGACGACCCGGACGCUCAGUUGUAUCCUUCCAGCCUACCCGAGGGACCUAAGAGAGCAAAUGCCCCUCCACGUCGUAGCAUGACGCAUCCACACGAAGGAGAAUCCUCAACCGACGAUAGCAGCGACGAUUUUGCAGAAGAAUUCUCCGAUUCUGAGUCAGAAUUUUCGGUCACGGAUAUCACUAGUGACGACGAAGACGAUAGUGACGACGAAGAAUACGCUGAUCCCGGAGAUAUUCCAGGCGUAGAACCUGGUUGCGGAGACGGAUAUAUAGUUACCCAGCCUGCUUUUGAUGACGUCCCUGACGGGUUUUAUCCUUCAGAAGAUACUAUGGAUGAGGAUCAUAUCGAUACAUAUAGGCUUGGUGAAGUCUAUGCUUCGUCUGGCAUACGUCGCCGCAACGAGCAUGGAUUAGUUCACGAGAUUGACUGGGCCCUAUUCGAUUUCCAAGAUGAGAGACUACCAUCAGACAAUCUUAUCCCUCGUGCUGCAUCUACUAGUACUCGGUCGACAACUUCUGUCGGAAUCAUAAACCCCACAGAAGUAGUCCCCGCGAAGUCUCUGCCAGGCUUAGAGGUCCAAUGUAUCGCACGUACAAGUGGAUUACAAAUGGGCCAAAUCCUUCCCGCCCUGACCUCCGUCAAGAUAUACGGCCGAUCGUCUCCCAGCCACACCUACCAGAUCAGCGGCAGGUGUUCGACCUCGCGCGGAUAUCGCCUCCCGGCAACGGAAGACCCACCUAAGGUAUACCCUCGUUCCACCCUUCCCCUAGGCGUCCCCGGCGACUCGGGCGCGUGGGUCGUCGAUCGGCCGAACGGUCGCCUCUGCGGACACGUCCUGGCCUGGAGCGAGAGGAAGCAGGUCGCGUACAUAUGUCCGAUGGAGGUCCUGCUCCUCGACAUCGCGGAGACGUUGGAGGCGAGAGACGUGCGGCUUCCGGGCGGGAAGACGGUCGUCAGCAUGGUGGAGCGCGAGGCCGACAACGUGGCGGAGAUCUCGGACGAGGAGGAAUGGAGCGUAGCCGGUGAGGAAGACGAGGUUCCGCAGUUGCAAGAAGUACAUGGGGCGAGUAGUGCCACCGAGACGAAAAGCAUUGGGAGUACGGGGGCGCCAAACAUCGGGAAGAGGCUUUCGGCUGUUAAGCGGGAGCAGCGGUACGGUCACCGCGACGAGGGUACGGCGUUGGCUGCCGACGUGGAUAAGAUGCACAUAUAAGCCUACUUUGGUAAAUAGGUACCUAUGGGUGAUACGAUGGAUGUGAUGGGAUAUAUAGAAGUCUAGAUGGAAUGAGAUGGGAUGAGAUGGAACGAUGCGAUACGAUAAAUGAUUAGAUACCCAAUUUCAGUCACGCCAAUCCCAAAGACGAUCUCGUACCUCAUACCUCAUACCUCAUACGAGAAAGCUCACUACCGUACUCUUCUCCCGUUUCGACCCAAGUGCUGCCCGAAUGAUAGACAUCUCAGACGACGACUUGUGUAUUGCUCGGGGUUUGCUCCGUCGGGACAUCUGCUUACAUGAUGGUCGCUAAUCAGCGUCGGACCGAAAUCUAAGACUCUAACGGUUCUUCGUGGGACCUCCUAUAUCGGCUCCUAUGGGUAUUGUGAUUCCGUGAACCGGUGCCUAGCUUCGAAGUGAGACCUGUGUAAUCUUGCUACGAGGGUUUCUUGAUUGUCUUACGGCAGUGCCUACCUAGGCAGACACCUUGAUGGUAGUAUUUGAGUGGCCGUCUACAUUCAAGGCGAAUAUCGGAGUCCUACGAGUAUCACAAAUAUGGAACAUGUCGGGUUUGGGGGGGAAAGGGGAAAUUUCUGUAUUGUGGGCAUAGAAGUAUUGCGAUAAAGCAACUCGCA